AUGGUGGUGGGGCUUCCGCUGUCUCUUCCGGCCAAAGGAGACGAAUUCGGCAUCAGCAAGACAGAGACUGUCGGCGCCUCAGCCUUUAUUGCACGCACAGGACGCGGUGCCUGCAGCAGCAGCAGCAGCAGCAGCAGCAGCAGCAGCAGCAGCAGCAGCAGCAGCAGUUAUGGCAGCAGCAGCAGCAGUUAUGGCAGCAGCAGCAGCAGUUAUGGCAGCAGCAGCAGCAGUUACAGCAGCAAAAUUAGCAGUAGCAGCAGCAGUUAUGGUAGCAGCAGCAGCAGCAACAGCAGCAGCAGCAGCGGACUCACAGGCACCAGCUCCACCCCUUCAUAUCGAUACACCGAAGUAAAUGUCGCUGCAGCAGCAACAGCAACAGCAACAGCAACAGCAACAGCAACAGCAGCAGCAGCGUAA